AUGGCGGACGUCGAAAUGGAAAUCGACGAGCCUGGCUCUCCCCAAGCUACUCAAGCUAAAGUUAGCGACAUGCAAACGCACACCAAAGCUACAGCCGUGCGAUCUAUUGAGGGUUGGAUCAUUAUGGUUACAAACGUACACGAGGAAGCCGACGAGGAGACGCUGCACGAUAAAUUUGCCGAUUUUGGCGAGAUCAAGAACCUGCACUUGAAUCUCGAUCGUCGUAGCGGUUACGGCUACGCUCUUAUCGAAUACGCUACCUUGGACGAGGCUCGCGCUGCUAUUGAUGGAGCACAUCAGACGAAGCUACUAGACCAGGUUAUCAACGUCGACUUCGCUUUCGUCAGACCACCUCCGGGUAAGGGUAAUAAUAGGGGACCCCGACAAUCACACCGAGGUAGGGGCCGGAGUCGAAGUCGAAGCCCGGAAGGACAUAAGGAUGAUACUGCGGAACGAUGA